AGAGACCGAGAGGAACCUUCACAGACGUGCGAAGAGGGUCAUUAUAGUUUCGCUUUAGUUUACGUGCUUAGUUUUAUGGCGUUAAACUACUAUGGACAAAAUUUGUCUGUUGCGCAGGCAUUGUGGGUAAUUAUCCAAGUGCGCACUGAGCGGAUUUUACGCGGAGUCGCCAGGAACCUACGGUGAACCCGCAACUCUCCAAACCUCGCAUGACCGAUCCGCCGGAGUUGAAAACUAUCACAAUCUUAAGGAAAUAAGUCUAACAAUUAAAAAAAAUGAAUAUAGACAUAAAGUUGGUGCUUCCACCUACGCGCGUUUGGUGAUUUGUAAAUGAGCAGCUGGUGUCCGGACCGAUGUUUGGCGUAAACGAGCACAAACACAGAGCAGAAGCGAAGUGAAGAGACCCGUUUGGAUUUUGGCUGCGCUGGAGAUCGUUCAUCAUGGUGUCUGUGAAGCGCUUUAAUAAUGCGCGUGUCGACUGCGUGGCUCUGUUGUUCUGCCUGGCCGUCAUGUGGGAGCUCGUUUUGGCUCAGAAUGACACGGAACCCAUCGUCCUGGAGGGCAAAUGUCUGGUGGUUUGUGACUCGAACCCCGCCGACUGGAAGAGCUCGUCCUCGCCGCUCGGCAUCUCCGUGCGCGCCGCCAACUCCAAAGUGGCUUUCUCCGCGGUGAGGAGCAACAACCACGAGCCCUCGGAGAUGAGCAAUAAAACGAGAAUCAUAUAUUUUGACCAGGUUCUUGUCAACAUAGGAAACUAUUUCACACUGGAAUCCGUCUUUCUUUGUCCCCGGAAAGGAAUCUACAGCUUUAACUUCCACGUUAUUAAAGUGUACCAGAGCCAGACUAUACAAGUGAAUUUAAUGCUGAAUGGAAAGCCAGUGAUCUCUGCCUUUGCCGGUGACAAAGAUGUGACGCGGGAGGCCGCCACCAACGGAGUCCUGCUGCACCUCAACAAAGAAGACAAGGUUUAUCUGAAACUGGAGAAGGGCAAUCUGGUAGGCGGAUGGCAGUACUCCACCUUUUCUGGCUUUCUUGUUUUCCCUCUGUAAAGCAAACAGAAAGACCUCCAUCUUUGCUGUCCAAUUGUCAUUGUGUAACCGGUCUUUCAGCAUUUAUUGGAGGAUCUCAAAUGGAAUCAUAAUUCCAGACAUUCAUUCAGCUGUUGUCAGUACAGACUACUGGAAAAAAGCAACAGUGACGGUGAAUCUGGAGAGAGGACAUCUUCUUCAGUGCAAUAUCGCUUUCUCCUGCAAGUCGUUCUUUGUGUCUCCAGGAGGUUCAGCACAUUUUUUCAGACUCUUUGUUUGUUUCGUUGUAGAUGUUUGUGUUGGUUUUCUUUAGCGUGUGGUUUUUAAUGAAAUGAGGAAUCCUGAUCAUAAUCUCUUAAUAUGGACAUUUCCUCGCAGAAAGGAAAUGCAUGAAACAUUCUGGCCAAUUGAGGGUUCAAUAUUAAAAAAAAAAAAAGGUUAUAUGUUAUAGUAAUUAAUAAUUAAUCAAUUCUAUUAUCGCAGAUGCAAUUUAACUUUCAGCCCUAUAGAAGAUGUAGAUGAGUUUGUUUGUUUGUUUAUCAGAGCAGAUUUUUAGAAAUUUAGUAUCACAUUACUUGCUCGUGAAUGGGUGCCGUCAGAAUGAGAGUCCAAGCAAUAAUCCACAAGUAAUCCACACCACUCCAGUCCAUCAGUUAAUGUUGUUUUGUGAAGUGAAAAGCUGCAUGUUUUUAAUAUACAAAUUCAUCACUUAAGCGUUUUUAACAUCAAGCCAUUGCUUCUGGCUCAUAUACAAGUCCAUAAGUGUCUCGUCUGAUCAAAACACCGUUCAAACACCAUUUACAAGCAAAAAUAGUUUUAACCAAAUAUGUUUGAUGUGAGACAAUAGCACAAGGAGCUUUCCACUGAAGGAAGAAUGGUUGAUGAGCUCACAUUUUGGUCAAAAUCUACCGUUUAGGGUUAAAAUGCCUGAAAGGGUUAGUUCACCCAAAAUGAAAAUUCUGUUAUUAAUUAUUCAGCCUCAUGUCGUUCCACACCCGUAAGAACUUUGUCUAUCUUUGGAAUACAAAUAAAUAUAUUUUUGAUGACCCAAAUGUUGUCAGAUUUCCUUCCAUUCACUGCCUUUGAAACUUCACCUUUGAUGCUUCAAAAACUUCAUAAAGACAUCAGAAAACUAAUCCAUAUGAAUCAAGCGGUUUAGUUCAAAUGUUCUGUAAAUAAUUAAUAGUUUUUUUUUUUAUGAUGAACAGAUUUAAUAUAGACUUUUACUUGAAUGUAAACAUUGUUCUGUAUAUGUACAUAAGCAGCAGCUCAUCCGAACCUGAAUAACACACAAGAACUGAGCUCUUCCAGAAGCUCAAACGUUCAGCGUGACACACAUGAAGAUGAGUAAUUAAUGACAGGAUUUUUAUUUUGGGGUGAACUGACCCUUUAAUGAUAAAUGUGUUUCUUUCAAACAUUCACAAGAUGUUCAUUGAUGGAC